CGUCCGAGCAGAUAUGUCGUCGUUUCCGGCAGAAUGGUUGUAGUGUCCCGUCCAUUUUUUAAUUUGAAUUUAUAAUGAAACAUUUUAUUCCAGGGAAUUUAUUAAAACACUUUAUUUACAAUUAACCAUUUGACCGAAUCGAAUUAGUUCACAAUUAAAGCAAACGGCACCGUUAUUUAAAGGAACGUAGUAGAGGAAUAAGUACGGAAGCCGAGAAUGUGUCGCUAACUUAAACGUAGAAGAAGAAGAAGCUGAGGCACGUGUGGAACUCCAACAUGUCGCCACCCGGAGGAAAAAUAAACAGACCCAAAACUGAACUUGGCAAGAAACUCUUCAAACGGCGGCGAGUCCUUAGUCGAGAGAAGAGGAAGAGGCAUCAGAUCGUCGGUGCCGUGGUGGAUCAGGGUCUGAUCACCGUCCAUCACCUGAAGAAGAGAAAGUCCAGUCCCAGGGCGAACAUCACUCUGUCAGGGAAGAAGAAACGGAAGCUGCUGAAGCAGCUGCAGCACAUGCAUCAGGAGAAGGCGUCUAUGGAAGUGGAAGCGGCUCCCACUAAGAAAAAAACCAAACCUCCUUCCACUCAGAGCAAGAAAAAGAAGAAAUCUGCGAGCCAGCAGGGAGACGUGGAGAUGAUCGAGGCUGAAUGAGACAGAGGUGCAAAUAUAUGAAGCUGGUCAUCUCACAUAUCAGCUGAUCAUGAUUGAGAGACGUUUCAGUUUGGGAUCAGAGGCACGACAGUUUUGUUGUUAUAAAAUCCUGUAUCAAAAACAGGUGAAUGUAAAAGUUUGAAUUCUGUCUGUUUUGAUCCUUGGAGAAGAAAUAUUUUUGGUUUGCUUUUUCAUAAAUCCUUACGGUGCAACAUUAGGAAGUUUUUCUUAAUUUCAAAUGAAGUUCUUAUCCACUCCAUUUAGUUUGAUUUCGUGUCAGCAGGUGAAAAAUCUCGCCCUCAAAUAUUGUAUAAGCGCAGUACCACCUGAUGACGACUAGGUGUCGGUGUUUUUGGCUGCUUAACGUUUAUUUCCCGAAGAGAGAACUUCCGUGUGUUUACCAGAGGUUUUUGUAAUGUUAAUAAUAAAAUCACAAGUUUAACAAUAACCAGCAACAAUAAUAAUGAGCUGUUAUUGUAAAUGUACUUAUUUACGAACAUUUUUUUCUGAAUAAACAUUUUCUUUAAAAAAAAAAA